AUGGCCUUCGUUUCUCUCCGAGCUCGUCCUUCUGCACUCAAGCUCUCCGGCGCGCUCUCUGCGUCUCGUUUCGUUAGCUCAUCGUCCAUGGCAGGUAGAGCUGUGCCUGUCUACGCCGACUUUAAUGCAGGCGCCUCCAACAAUGAUGGUGCUCUUAGGAUGCUCAUGUUCGGCAAGCCUGGAGCCGGAAAAGGAACUCUAUCUUCGAGAGUCAUGGACAAGUAUCGAGUCCACUUUGUUAGCACCGGCGACCUCCUCCGCCAGCAUAUUGCUGAGAAGAGCUCAAUCGGGAAGGAAGCCGAAGCCAUCGUCGCCCAAGGAGGUCUUGUACCAGACCAUUUGAUUAUGCAAAUCAUUUUGGAAAAAUUGGAAAGCCUCCGCGGACAGCAUUGGGUGCUCGACGGUUUCCCUCGUACUCUGACACAAGGAAAACUACUAGAUGGACACCUCACAAAGCCUCUCUCACUCAUUGUCAAUCUAAAUGUCCCAGAUGAGGUUAUUCUUGGCCGUAUUGCAGACCGAUGGGUGCAUUUGCCUUCCGGAAGAGUAUACAACACAUCUUAUAAUCGCCCACGUAUCGAAGGCCGUGAUGACGUGACUGGAGAGGCACUUGUCAAACGCCCAGACGAUAACGAGGCCACUUUCCGCCGUCGACUCGAACAGUUUGAUGCUCACACGUCUCCUUUGCUCGAUUACUACGCUUCUACUCUCAACCCAUCCGCUACCAAGCUUGUGACCCUCUCUGGUCGGACUUCCGAUGAGAUUUGGCCUCAACUUGAUGGAGUUAUCAGCGCCUCGUUCCCUCGGCUCCCGCUGCGCCAGAAGGCCAAGAUCCAACGACCAAUAUUACCAUGA